AUGCCGACAGCAAAUCGAAAUCCCCCUGCAAUUCCAUUGGAAGGGGGCGCCACUAAGCCGGGCACCACCAACGUUAAUGACCGAGGCCCUGCAGAAGAAAAAGGCAACGUCGUUCUCGUGUUCGGCUGCCAAUGGCUUACCUUCACGGCAACCAACUUUCGACAACUUCGAGCCGCAGUGCUUGAUAACCCAGAACAUCAUUGGAUGCUCGACGAGCUAUGUGAAUUGGCGAGCUACUAUCAGGCCGCUGCGGAAGAGAAAUAUCUGCCAUCGUUGCAGAAGAUUCGCGGGAAGGAGGAGCUCCAAGAAUUAGAGAGAUGGUUUCGAUGCGAUGACUUGUCCACGGCGAAGUUUCCAUUGAGCUACACGCAACUGGCGCCGUUGCUAAUGAUGACGCAUUUUGUGCAAUAUGUGGAGUAUUCGAAGCUGACGAGGCCAUCUCGGCGGCAAAAGGAGUCUGGUUCAAGGCUGAACCCUGUAGCUGAGAUCGUUGGCUUUUGUAUCGGAUUUCUCAGUGGGAUUGUCGUUUCUGCAGCUAAGACAGGGAACCUGAAGGAAUUGGGCUCCGUUGCGAUGCGUUUAGCCAUGCUUUUGGGUGCAUUGGGGGAGGCACAAGAAGCGGAAGAGGAGUAUACGUCUUUAGCUGCCGGGUGGAAGAGGCCAGAAUUAGAAGGAGAGUUAGGCGGACUUCUUGAGGAAUAUCCUGGCUCAUAUAUAACAGUACACUACGACGAGAAUCGGGCCACCAUCAUGACACCGCGGCGGAAUGUUGCGGCCUUGCAACGGGCUAUGCAGUCUGCUGGGUUCUCUGCGAACCCGGUUGACUUCAACGGUCGAUAUCACUGGCUGGGCCAUGAGAAGAAUUUGGCACCAUUAUUUGCACUCUGCGAUUCUCAUCCAGGAUUACAGCUUCCCGAUGCAUCGGAUUUGAUCCUUCCUGCUCGGGCCAAUACAACUGCAGAGCCCGUUCGCUCAGGGCCUCUUCACCAGCUUGUCCUGCGCACUGUUCUGGCCCAGCCCUGUUUUUGGCACAAGACAUUCGCUGCUGUAUAUGAACGUCAUCUUUCCAAUUCCAACUCUAUAGUCGUCGAGUUCGGCCCAGAGCGAUGUAUCCCGCCUACCUUCCUCCGCCGCCUCCCACAACGAGUGAUCCACUUCGCCGAUGUAGAAAUUCCCGCUACCAUCAGCCGUGACCACGAAUUGGCCAGUCGUCCCCCAGCGGAUACCGACAUUGCUAUUGUGGGCAUUGCCUGUCGUGUCGCUGGCGCAGACGACCUGUCCGAGUUCUGGGAUUUGUUGUGUUCAGGCCAAUCACAACACCGCGAGAUGCCUCGAGAGCGCUAUGCGAAUUAUGAGACUCCAUGGCGUCCUGAUGCGACUCAGCGGACAUGGUUCGGAAACUUUGUGCGUGACAUCGACGCAUUUGACCACAAGUUCUUCAAGAAAUCGCCGCGUGAGGCGAUGUCGCAAGACCCCCAACAGCGGCUCAUUCUUCAAGUUGCGUACCAGGCCCUUGAGUCAGCAGGCUACUUUUCUCGCCCUGAUAGGACCAAAGACAUCGGCUGUUAUAUUGCAUCAUGCACAGUUGAUUAUGAGCACAAUGUGAACUGUCACCCUGCUUCUGCCUAUGCAGCGACGGGACUGUUACGCAGUUUUCUAGCCGGGAAAUUGUCCCACUAUUUCGGAUGGCGCGGUCCGUCGCUCUGUGUUGACACGGCCUGUUCUGGAUCGACUGUAGCAUUACAUCAUGCCUGCAGGGCGAUUUUGAGCGGCGAUUGCAGGGCAGCGCUGGUUGGUGGUGCCAAUGCUAUUACCAGCCCAUUAUCUUAUGAUAAUCUUGCAGGUGCUUCGUUCCUCUCACCCACAGGACCAUGCAAGCCGUUUGACAUCAAGGCUGACGGCUACUGCCGCGGUGAAGGGUUUGCAGCCAUUUAUAUCAAGAGGCUAUCGGAUGCACUUGAGCAGGGAGACCAGGUCUUUGCUACAAUUGCUGGUACGGCCGUUGAACAGAAUAGCAACUGUACACCUAUCGUGGUGCCGGACACGCCCUCGUUGGCGCACCUGUUCAGUAAGGUAAUUCGCCGUGCAAAUCUCCACCCGAGGGACAUCACUGUCGUCGAGGCCCAUGGCACAGGCACUCAGGCUGGUGACCCAGCGGAAUAUCAAAGUGUACGAGAUGUUCUUGGUGGGCCGAGGAGAGCAGGGAAACUUGCCCUAGGGUCUGUGAAAGGUCUAGUCGGACAUACAGAGGGUGUGUCAGGGAUGGUUUCCCUAUGCAAGGUUGUAUUAAUGAUACAAAACGGAUAUAUACCCCCACAGCCUGGUUUCCACGCCCUGAAUCAGCAUAUCAAAAAUAUGCCAGAUGACCAUUUGGAAAUAAACACCAGUGCCAAACCCUGGGAGUCGGGAUUUCGCGCAGCACUCAUCAACAACUAUGGCGCUUGUGGGUCGAAUGCAUCAUUGAUUAUCACACAGGCACCGCAGAGCGGUCCAGAAACAGGAGGGAUCCAUUUGGAGGGUACAUCAUUGCCGUUACGUCUGUGCGCAGUGGAUAAGUCCCGAUUGCAGGUCUAUGCGGCACGUUUGCGCAAACACCUUUCGUCUAUCCCGGGGAAGCAGAAGACCCUGGCAAAUCUCGCUUUCAACAUUACCAAGCAGUCAAACCCUGGUUUGGAGUACCAGUUCAUAUUCAAAGCACAAUCGCUUCUGGAACUUGACACUAUGCUCACCAGGUUAGAAAAGGGAGAAGACCAAUAUCUAGUGCGAGCAAGGAAGUCCUCGCGCCCCGUGAUACUCUGCUUUGGUGGACAGGUAGGGAGAGCUGUUGGACUUAAUCGCAGCUUAUUUGACUCCUUGCCACUGCUCAGGCAUCAUCUCAAUUUGUGUGACAAUACUCUAAAAGAAGCUGGUCAGGAAAGCAUCUACCCGGGUAUAUUCUCAACUUCACCCAUUUCAAAUACUGUGAGCCUCCAGACACAACUGUUUGCCCUACAGUACGCUUGUGCGCAGAGUUGGAAGGAUUCCGGCUUGGAUGUCACCGCGGUUAUCGGCCACAGCUUUGGAGAGCUAACAGCGUGGUGUAUAUCUGGUGUGCUUUCUCUACCAGACGCGUUAACAGUUGUCGUGCGUCGCGCUGCACUAAUUCAUGAUAGCUGGGGCCCAGACGCGGGUGCCAUGCUAGCUGUUGAAGGGGAUAAGGAUCAUUUGGAUAGCUACCUAGAAGGGUCACCGGUGACAGUAGCCUGCUUUAAUGGUCCACAAAGCUUUACCAUCUCAGGGCCUACCUCGGGAAUUGAUCUCCUUCAAAGUCAUCUAGAAAGAGACUUGGCUUUCCGAAUAAAACGCCUUGAUGUCACGAAUGCUUUUCACUCCAGUCUGGUGGACCCAUUGCUUCCGGCUCUGAGAAGGGUAACUGACGGUCUGUCUCUCAGCCAUCCGACCAUUCCAAUAGAGCGGGCUACCAUCCUCCAAGGCGAGCCGAUUUCAUCUUCCACAAUCGUAGCAGACCACCUCCGCCAGCCUGUUUAUUUCCAACAUGCCGUACAACGUCUCGCUGCUCGCCACGGUCCGUCUGCUUGGCUUGAGGUGGGUUUUAACUCCACAAUAACAUCGAUAGUACGAAAAGCAUUGGACUCCAACACAUCGGGCCAUACGUUCCAUGGAGCGAAUAUCACAUCCACAUUUCCAAUGAAGGGUCUUACGGAUGUCACCAUAGGACUUUGGAAUGAUCAGAUCCCCUGCGCAUUCUGGGGCUAUCAUAGCAGCCAAACCAGGGAGUAUACUCCGAUCUUGUUACCACCAUACCAAUUCGAAAAAUCGCGGCAUUGGAUGGAAAACAAGCCACUUACGCCUCUAUUCACCUUCAGUGGAUACGAAGACUCUGCCCAUCAAGUUGCAAAAUACCUUAUUCAUACCGAUAAUCCCCGGUAUGUGGCGGCUGUGUCAGGGCAUGUGGCCGCCAGAACGGCGCCCAUUGCACCCGCAUCUGUACUACUCGAUUACGCUGUCGAAGUACUAAGAGGUCAUUCGGACAGUCGUGGCAAAAUUCCUCGCGUUUUUGACGUAUAUAGCGAUUCGCCACUGCUGUUGGAUUCGGGCCGUGAAGUUUGGAUCGAGUUGGCUACUGAGACGAAUAGUAGGGACACCUGGGAAUUGAAGUUCCGUAGUCAAGACAGGCAGACCGGAUCUUCAUCUCGGGUUCUUCAUUGCACCGCGCGAAUUUCUAUGCAUGCUGCUGAUGAUGCGAUUCUAAAAGCAGAAUUCGCAAGGUACGCAAGGUUGCUUAGCCAUGUCCGGUGCCUUGAUCUUCUUUCAGAUCCAGAAGUUGAUGAUAUACUCCAAGGACGCAAUGUAUAUCGUUCAUUUGCGGAAAUAGUGGAGUAUUCUGAACCGUACCGAGGCGUUCAAAAACUAGUUGGCAAGGGAAACGAGAGUGCCGGCCGGGUUGUCAAGUCGUUCUCCGGAGAAACCUGGGCGGACGCGUUUUUGUGUGACGCUUUUAGCCAAUGUGGUGGUUUCUGGGUAAACUGCAUGACUGAUAAGCUUGAUGAGGAAAUUUACAUUGCCAGUGGGAUCGAGCAGUGGAUGCGCUCGCCCAUGUAUGCAGAUAUCAAGACUCCUAGACCCAAUGUAUGGCAUGUCUGGGCCCACCACCAACGAUCGGAAAGUUGUUAUACAAGUGAUGUCUUUGUAUUCACGCCCGAUGGAGACCUUGUCGAAAUGUUCUUGGGGCUGAGAUAUUCGCGAAUAGCAAAAUCUCUCUUUAUCCGGAUACUUGGUGGUUCGGUACGGCAAACUGAAAAUAAAUCAGAGGGGAUAAUCAAAAAGGACAAGCCCUCGACGAAAGAUCUGGUCAGCCGAGUCAGGGAUGUUGUUGCGGAAUUUUGCGCGAUGAACCCCAGCGAAGUCCAGGACAAUAGUCAUUUAGCAGAUGCCGGUGUUGACUCGCUAAUGGCGAUGGAACUCGCUCGUGAGUUGGAAGCUGCGUUCAAUUGCAGCUUGGCCGUGGAGGCACUCAUUGACGCAGAAACGUUCAAAGAUCUUGUGCAAGCGGUGCAAUCUGCCCUGGGAGAGACGCAAUACGAUGCCAGUAUAUCUAGUAACACCAUUACAAACAGCUCCGAGGUCGUAACCACCGAAAGGUUGAUGACCCCUAGCGAGUCAGCUACCAGCAUUUCCGACACAAUGGACUUGAGUUUGCCUUAUAGUGAUGUACUUUGCGCCUUUCGCGAGACCAAAGCACUGACAGACGAAUUCCUCGCCAAAAAUAAAUGCAGUGGCCGUCUUCUUGAUUUCACUCCGCUGUUGGUCAAAUUGUGCUUGGUGUUGACACUGGAGGCGUUCGAGGAACUUGGGACUGAUAUUCGUUCUGCCCGUGCAGGAGACACUUUCUCGCGUAUUGCUUUCGAUGCGCAGCAUGAGUCACUCGUCGACUACCUUUAUCAUCGCUUGGCAGAAGCGAAUUUAGUUAGUCUCGACGGUAUGGCGGUCAUCCGCACCAACACUCCGGCGCCACUCGAGUCCGGCAGUGCGCUUCUCAGCAAGAUUGAGUCCAAAUACCCCGAGUAUGCUGGUGCCAGUAAGCUUGCCUUCUACACCGGGAGCAGGCUGGCCUCCGUACUCCGUGGAGAGCAGGACGGGCUACAGCUUAUUUUCGGUACACCUGAAGGCCAACAGCUUGUAUCAUGGAUGUACGGUGAUGAGCCGCACAAUGUGGCAGGAUAUAAAUUGAUGGGCGAAAUUAUCAGGCGACUUGUUGAGAGAUUGUCGCCGUCCGCAAGAAAAGAAAGGGCGCCCUUGAAGAUUCUCGAAAUGGGAGCAGGCACAGGAGGUGGGACAAAAUGGUUCCUUCCGUUGCUGUCGUCGCUCGCAGUGCCAGUUGAGUACACCUUCAGUGACAUAUCGCCAGCAUUCCUCGCUCAGGCGCGACGGAAGUUCCGAGAUUAUUCGUUUGUCAAGUAUUGUGUUCAUGACAUCGAAAAAGCGCCAGCAGAGGAAUUACAAGGGGCGUAUCAUAUUAUUAUUGCAAGCAACGCAGUGCAUGCUACAUCGAAUUUGCGGGUGUCGACUAGCAAUAUGCGUCAGGCAUUGCGGUCAGACGGCGUGUUAAUGAUGCUAGAAAUGACCAAACCCGUUUUCGCGAUAGAUCUAGUGUUUGGGUUAUUCCGUGGUUGGUGGGUAUUCAAUGACGGGCGGACCCACGCGAUUACGAGCGAGCAACGGUGGAAGAGUGACCUCCAUGCGGCGGGAUACGGAUAUGUCGAUUGGACAGACGGUAAGUCGGAUGAGGUGGGUGUUCAGCGUGUGAUAUUUGCUACUGCAAGAGAGCAGCCAGACCAUCUUUCGGAGGCCUCCCCUGGGCGUACGGAAAGGUUGCACGCUAUCGAGAGGUAUAUUUAUGAAAGCACCGCAGGGUUCACAGCACCGAGGUUAUCAGCUUCGUUUGCACCUCCAGUUAAGCGGACAUCCGUUCUGAUUACCGGAGCUACGGGCAGUCUUGGAAGCCAUCUUGUCGCGCAUCUCACAAAGCUUCCUAACGUACAUUCAGUUAUAUGCUUAAAUCGGGAAGACCAAAUGGAUCCGCAGGGGAGGCAAGCAGAAUCAUUCGCUUUCAGAGGGAUAUCUCUUACCUCAACGGAGAAGACGAAGUUAGUUGUCAUGCAGAGUGACACGACAAAGGCGCGGCUGGGGCUUUCAAUCGAGCAGUGGGCGUAUCUGCAGGAAAAGGUCACUCAUGUGAUCCAUAACGCCUGGCCGAUGAAUGGCAUGAAACCGCUUGCUAGCUUCGAAGGACAGUUCUGUGUGCUGCGAAAUUUGAUCGAUUUGGCCAGAGACAUCGGGGCUAUUCAGUCUACCCCUGUCCGUUUCCACUUCAUUUCCUCAAUUGGGACCGUGAACGGGGGCGGCGCGCUCGAAAAGCACACGGAGAUAGAGAAAGUCAUGAGCAAUGGAUACAACGAGGCCAAGUUUGUCUGCGAACGAGUGGUCCAGGAGAUGCUGCAGAAAUUCCCAGCGAUAGUCCAGGCAACCAUUGUGCGCCCAGGGCAAAUUGCUGGUUCAACAGGAACAGGACACUGGAAUACUUCCGAGCACUUCCCCGCCAUAGUGAAGUCUUCGCAAAGCGUUGGGGCGUUCCCUGCUCUACAGGGCCGGAUGGGCUGGACACCGGUGAAUAUUACCGCAAGUAUCAUAGCGGAUCUAUUGCUGGAUGAAGACAUGCCUGCCGAAAUUUAUCACGUUGAUAACCCUCUUGGCCAGGAAUGGGCGAGUGUGGUGGAUGUGUUGGCUAACGAACUAGGCGUCACCAAGGUCCCGUUCAAGGACUGGAUCGAACGAGUCAGAAAAUACGGGAGCAGUAAAGAGAAUCCAGCAGGCGUCAUGGCAGACUGGUUAGAGGAAAACUUCGAGCGAAUGUCAUGCCGUGGGCCGUUGGAUACAUGCGUGGCGAGAAAACAUUCCCGGACAUUGCGAGAGAUGGAGAAGGAAGAAGUAGUGGGCGCAGAGCAAGUGCGGAAGUUUGUGUGCAGCUGGAAGGAGCGUGGGUUUCUCUCCUGA